AGUGGACGCGAUUGGAGCCAUUGAGAUUGUCCCAAUGAUCAACAUAAACAGCCGUGCCUCCUGCAGCUCUUUCGUUUUCAUUUGUGAUCAAACAUUGCUAUCAAUUCAUAACUUUCCGAAAGAUGGCUGGUUUAGAGCUUUUGUAUAGCUGCGUAGCAGGCAGUAUUACCUGUCCACAGGACGUCGUUGUGUGUUUUGUUCACUGGGAAAUUGUAAAGAGUGGGUACAAGUGUAUUGGGUUGGGAGAUGAGCCUCUGAGUGGUGACAAGAAGUCGGAGUUGCUUCCUACAGGGUGGAACGGCAACAAGGAAUUGUACACCCUGCGGUACAAGUCAAAUGAUGACAAGUCUAAUUUAUUGGUAAAAGCCAUCACUGUGGAUUCCACCUUGAUCUUCAACUUAAUGGACUCGGCCACUGAACAAGUGUCAGACCUGACAAUGAAUGUCAGUGAUUAUGUGGACGCGGAUCAUUUGCAAACAUUUGAAAGUGUAUUCAAGAAUGCAGAAGAUUUGGCUCAGAAGGUGAAGAGCCAACUCCUUCCCUCAGUGCCCGCACCAAGAAAGAAAGACAAGAAGAGUAAGAGAGAGACAUCCGAUGACUCACAGCCGGACAGUGACCCUCUCCGCAUUCCAACAAGGCAUCCACAGACCAGCAGGCAGCCUAACUGGCCAGACCCCAUGGCUCCUUUCGCUGCAGGAGGAGCCGAUCUGGAUCCCUUUGGUGGUCGUGGAGGAGGAGGGAUGAUCGUGGACCCUUUGAGGGCUGGUUACCCCCGCUCAGGGUUCGACCCCUCUGGUGGGCUCCCUGGCGUCCUGCCCCCGGGAGCUGUGCCACCAGGGGCCCGCUUUGACCCCUUUGGGCCCGUCGGAAGACACAGACCUGGGCCAGACCCAGAUCACAUGCCGCCGCCAGGCUAUGAUGACAUGUUCAUGUAGAAGAAAAGGCACUUCCUGCUCCGCUCCUCACACUUCCUGGACCACUUCCUGUCUCUGCAAUGCAAGAGGAAUACACACUUAAAGACAUGCUCCGGAACUUUGGCAAAUUUUUCAAACCUCCCGCUUGAGCUGCCUGGAAGUGUCAAUGUGUAGUUCAUACAUGCAUAAUCUAUGAGCAGAAUUACGGUCUUACCUCAAUUAGCCACGAAAUUCCUAGUUUGAAGCAACUGUUUUUGUGGAAGCUGUGCUUUGCCAUUUUCCCCCAUGUGGGCCAGCCCCAUAGCAAUUUGAGUUCAGCCCCUCGCCAUACCAGUGACCGCUAGCAAGAUGCACAUGAUGUACACACGUUUCAGGGGGGGCACUUUUGGCUGUUGAGGGCUACCUUCAGAACUACUGGCUAAAAAGUAUACAAAAGUACUAGAGAAUCCCUUUAAUAAAACUGACAGACUAAUUUGUUCAGUGUGAGGAAUAAAGCUACAUUGCACAUAUUUUUGGGGGGGACUUAUCUGGAGGUGUUCUAAUUUUAAACAACAUUUGGGAGAUCCUAGAGUCUGAAAUGUUCAAGCAGCUAACAUUUGUUUUGAUUUUCAAAUGCUGCUUUCAAAGGCAGGCUUUUGCCACUUGUCUCCCCAAAAGUAGAAUGGGAAAAAAGAACUGUCAAUUUCAAGUCGUUCGUAUACACACCUACAGCAUUAGAAAUUAAUGAUUGAAUGAUAAAAGUUAUUAUGCCUGCUACCCGACUUAACAUAAUAGUAUGCUUUUGCUUACGUCUUAUUAAAAGAUGAUGGGAUGCUU